AUGGGAGAUACGAAAAUUAUCAUUGGUAUAUCAUGCGCUUGCAGUUUGGCAGCAAUUAUUGCCUGCCUUGUCGUGAUACCAUCACUUUAUUCGACCAUUCAUCAGAUGCAUGAUGUGGUCAUGGAUGGAGUGAAUGCGUUCCGUGUUGAGACCGAUUCAGUCUGGGUUGACAUGAUGGACAUCCAACUUAGCGUAACGCCCCCUUCAAAACCACAAGAAAGUCCAUUCGACAGUCUGUUCCGUCAGAAACGUCAAAACAAUGGACUCCCAUCGUUCUGCAUGUGUGAACCACCUAAGCUCACAUGUCCUCCCGGACCACCUGGACCACCUGGAGAGGCAGGAGCUGACGGAGAAGCUGGAGAACGCGGACCACCAGGCGAAGACGACAGUACCGCAUUUGACCCUGCCACCUGCGCACCUGUUGACAAAUCAUGCAUCCAGUGCCCAGCUGGACCUCCUGGACCUAAAGGACCAACUGGUGAGGCAGGACCAUCAGGACAGGACGGACAACCAGGAUCAGAUGGAAAAGCGGGUAAAGAUGGCCCACCUGGCCCAGCAGGACCAGCUGGACCAGCAGGAGCAAAAGGUGAAAAAGGACCAGCAGGAGCACCAGGACCAGCCGGAAAAGAUGGUCAGCGCGGACGUGGUGCACCAGGUGCGAAAGGUCCAGAUGGACCAGCAGGACCAAACGGCAAACCUGGCAAACCAGGUCAGCGAGGUGGAAAAGGUGCCCCAGGUCCAAAAGGCCCAUCCGGUAACGCUGGUAAACAGGGAGCAGAUGGUAAAGCUGGCAAAGCUGGUAAAGCGGGUGGUGUUGGAAUGCCAGGCAAUGAUGCCGAAUAUUGUCCUUGUCCUAAACGUUCAAUUAUGUUGCAUUAA